CACCCGAUUCACCGGCUCCCUUCUCUUUUCAUAAGCCAUAAGUUACCUCUACCAACCCAGAAAAAUAAGCGCCUCUCAAAAUGGACCAGACCGCACCCUCGGCAUCUGGCGGCGGCGGAGGGCCAGCACCUUUCCUUCUAAAGACAUACGACAUGGUGGACGACUCAUCCACCGACGAGAUCGUGUCAUGGAGCUCCAAGAAAACCAGCUUUGUAGUUUGGAACCCUCCUGAAUUUGCCCGCCUUUUGCUUCCCACUUAUUUCAAGCACAACAACUUCUCCAGUUUCAUCAGGCAGCUUAAUACUUAUGGGUUUCACAAGAUUGAUCCCGAAAGGUGGGAAUUCGGUAACGAAGAUUUCGUGAAAGAACAGAAGCAUCUUCUUAAGAAUAUCCACCGUAGAAAGCCUAUUCACAGUCACAGUAAUCCUCAGGGUUGUUUGGUAGAUCCAGAAAGAGCUGGAUAUGAAGAAGAAAUAGAAAAGCAUUCACGUGAGAAAGCUUCACUGGAGGCUACUGUUCAGAGGUUUAGACAAAAACGGAUGACUGCAAAGCAUGAAUUGGAAGAAUUGACACAACGAGCUGAUCAAAUGGAGCAGAGGCAAGAUACACUGUUUAACUUUUUACAAAAGGCUGUCCGUGACCCUACUUUUGCUGAAUAUCUUCUUCGUAAGAUCGAAUCUAUGGAUGCUGUGGCAUAUAAUAAGAAGAGACGACUGCCUCACAUUGGUCAUCAAGCUAAUGCAGCUGGAGGACAUACUCUUUUAGAUAAUAAUUGUAGUUCUAGACCUGACUUUGGAAAUGUUUUCCACCAAGAUUUCUCGAACAAGCUAAGACUAGAAUUAUCACCAGCUGUAUCAGAUAUUAACUUGGUUUCUUGUAGCAUGCAAAGUUCUAAUGAAGAUGGUGCAAAUCUACGGCAAAGGGUAUCGGAAGGAGAACCGGAAGAUGCUCAGAACAUACAAGAGGGUCUUUUAUUUGCACCCGAAUGUAUAGACCUUUCAGAUACGAGCACAUCUUUUAAAUUCAAAAGGGAUUCAUCUUUCACUCUAAGAGUACCGAUGAAUGAAAGCCGAAUGGUGAAUUCCCUGCACCAGAGAUUAAAUUCCAAUGAAGAAACCAAUAGUCAUAUUUCCUUCCAGUUAAAUCUCACUCUGGCAUCUUCUUCACUGCAAAUCAAUAAAAGUCCUAGCUUAACUAUGAUGCUCCAACUAGAUAAGGAAAAUGCAGAAGUCCCUGAGUCGAGGUUUAAUGUCAACACUAAAGAUUUAGAAACUACAGCUUUCGAGAACAGCCAAAACAUGAUUGAUGGGGAAGCAAAAUUAUCUUCAUCAAAAGAAUGCCCUACUAAAAAUCAAGAGGCUGCAGCUCCUACAGUUAGAGUGAAUGAUGUAUUUUGGGAACAGUUCCUCACUGAAAGACCUGGUUGCUCUAACAAUGAAGAGGCUAGUUCCAAUUUUCGAGCAAACCCAUACGAAGAGCAAGAAGAUAAAAGGUUUGGCCAUGGACUAGAUACAAAUUCUAAGAACAUGGAGCGGCUUAGCCUUUGAGUAGAAAAGUUGCCAACUUUACCUCAAUCCCAUGACAACUCUAUACAGGUCUGUCAUACUCCUUUUAUAGCUUUGUGAUGUUUAUAAUUAAUAUACAUGUAGGAUAUAAUUUUAUAUGUAACAGCCUAAAAUUGGUUUGAAUUGCGUUUGCUCAGUUUGAUGUUAAUUUUAUAUGUAGAGGUUUCAGUUAUUAAGCAAAAGACGCUUGAUUUGAGAAACCGAAGUAUUAUGCUUGUUUUU